UAAUUUACAAAGUGAUAUUUUCUGCAAGUAAUAGUGAUUGUUAAUUUAUUAUUGUGUAUAUUGUUCUUCUUAUCCCAUUUAUUAUUAAAAAAUGUUCCGUAAUCAGUAUGACAGCGAUGUCACUGUGUGGAGCCCACAGGGUCGCUUACAUCAGGUGGAAUAUGCAAUGGAAGCUGUUAAGUUAGGUUCGGCAACUGUCGGUCUUAAAAAUAAGACUCAUGCUAUUCUUAUUGCACUUAAAAGAGCAUCCUCUGAACUUUCCGCUCAUCAGAAAAAGAUUAUUCCCAUAGAUAAACAUAUGGGAAUAACUAUUUCUGGCCUUACUGCUGAUGCUAGAAUAUUAAGCCGUUAUAUGAGAAUCGAAUGCUUAAAUUAUAAAUAUUCUCACGACGAUGUACUCCCUGUUAGUCGCUUAAUAGCAGCCUUGGGAAACAAAAUGCAAACUUGUACACAAAGAUACGAUAGACGACCAUAUGGUGUAGGAUUAUUAGUAGCUGGGUACGAUGAUCAAGGUCCUCAUAUAUAUCAGACUUGUCCAUCCGCUAAUUACUUUGAUUGUAAAGCAAUGGCUAUUGGAUCUCGUUCUCAGAGUGCACGAACGUAUUUAGAAAAACAUCUUAAUGAAUUUUUAUCAUGCGAUCUUGAUGAACUUGUGAAACAUGGUCUUAGAGCAUUACGUGAUACACUGCCAAAUGAAGUUGAUUUAUCGGUUAAGAACGUUUCUAUAGCAAUUGUGGGUAAAGGGACUGAGUUUACUAUCUUAAAUGAGUCAGCAACAUCGAAUUAUUUAAGCCAAAUAGAAGGAGAUGAUAAAAGAGGAAGACCUAUUGAGCCAAGUGCUGAAGACGAUAGUAGACCACCUCAGGAUCCACCUGCCGAUGAAGGUCUACAUGAUCCACAAGUUGCUGUUGCAAUGGAAACAGAUUGAAUUAAAAUACAAUAAAAAUAUUAUAACUUACAUACAAAAAA